AUGAGUUCACAUAAAUCGACUGGCGAGCAGAACGGAUAUUAUCCGACUGCUCCACAACAAUCGGGAAUAUACCAGUAUCAGGAUAUGACAUACCCCCAGCGACCUACUCAUCAGCCUGCUUAUCCUUCACGACCACCACAAUCAAACAAUCCCUACUAUGCUUAUACACCUACGGCUCCUUCAAGACUAUCUGGUUCUGGAUAUCCAAUAAGCACGCCACAACACUAUGAUACAAACCAUUACUAUCCGCAACAAGCCACCCAGCACCACCAAGCAUAUCCCCACUCGUCAGCGGCAUAUCAGUAUCCGCCCGAUUCAUCGAGAUUCAACAAUACAGAUUAUCAUCAAUCCACGUCAAACAUUCCCAAUCAUGCCCCUCCUGCGUAUGACAGCCUGUCCAGUCCGGACGAGGGCUCUCUAGAGCAAGCAGAACCUGUCACAUCCGAGCAAGUCCACGAUGCAGAAGCGUUCGUCGACGAAGAGACCCUCGGAUGGAUUCCAUCGCAAAAAUAUUCCCGUCAACAACAACUGAGGCGUUUAGAGAAACCAGUAGUCAUUCCCCGCAUCGACGUCGCCAGCCGCCUCAAACCCACCCUUCCUUUCCUUCGCGCCUACAGCCCCAUCCUCGCCACACACGAUAUCCACGAACAAGACUUUCUAGCCUUCAUCGACAAUCUCAACGUCGCCCAAGCCGGUUCUCCAGUCUUCGCAGCCAUCGAUGCCGCAGGGCAAGGCAUCGGAUUUGUGCCCUGGCAUUGGGCCGCUCUGACCGGUGCGGGAAUCCAAAUCGCCGCCGGCGUAGGCUCAUCCGCCGUAUCCAUUGUAAGGACAAAACGAUUUCUCGCAAUCGCAAAUGAGAAAUAUUUCGCUCCCCGGGGGUUGAAAGCUUCGUUGAAAAAGGAUGAUGACUUGGUAAACUGCUUAUUCUCUGAUCCGGGAAGUGCGCAGGCGAGAGAAUACAGAAAGAAAUUACUUGCGCCCGUCGAUAUGGAGAGUGGGCAAAUGGAAUUGCGGCAACGGAAAAUGGCUGUAUUACAGCCACAUAUCGCCCCGUUGACAGAGCACGUGCUCCCGUCUGAAAAGCAGGGCAAUGUUCUGGAUAGGAUAGCGGCGAGAGGAUUGGAGAAGAAGACUAAAAAGAUGGAGAAAAAGCUUGCGAAGAGACAACAAAAAGCUGAGAAGAAGCAAGCAAAGAUUGAACAGUUGCGUGAGCGGGGUAUGCUAGCUGAUGAUGGGUAUCAUGCGCGGAGGGUGGUUUAUGACGAUAACGCGAGCUCAAGUUCAUCGGACUCGGAUUCGUCGGACGAUGAGAUGAAGAAAAUGGAUAGUAGGCUUCAGAAGAUGAGACUGGAUACAGACAUGAGUGAUAAGAAGCGUGCCAAGCUUCAAGCCAAGAUCGAUGAGGAUCGGUACAAGUACCAGAAAAAGUACCAGAAAAAGUACGAGAAACAAGUCGCAAAGGCCGAUCGACGAGCUGACAAGGCGAAUGAGAAAGCUGAGAAGAAUGUCAAGAGGAUGGAGUAUAUCGUCAUUGAAAACCUUUGA